AUGAGUUUGGUGUGUUGCAUUCAACUGGUGGCCAAGGUGGGACGUUCACUGCUGGAGCUCAGCAAGUGGUUGGACAUGAAGAUGAUCAAAGCAAAGGUGAAGCUUCUCACCUACUUUAACCAGAGGGAUGAGAAGAACCAGUCCAUCAUCGUGAGCGGGGAGUCAGGUGCUGGAAAGACGGUCUCUGCCAAAUACGCCAUGCGCUUCUUUGCAACCGUCAGUGGUUCUGCCAGUGACACCAACAUCGAAGCCAAAGUCCUCGCGUCGAGCCCGAUUAUGGAGGCAAUUGGAAAUGCUAAAACAACAAGGAACGACAACAGCAGUCGCUUUGGGAAAUACGUUCAGAUUGGUUUUGAUAAAAGAUACCACAUCAUUGGUGCCAACAUGAGGACGUAUCUCUUGGAAAAAUCACGAGUUGUAUUCCAGGCAGAGAACGAGCGCAACUACCACAUCUUCUAUCAGCUUUGUGCCUCGGCGAGUCUUCCAGAAUUCAAAGAGCUUGGACUCACAUGUGCCGAAGACUUUUUCUACGCUUCUCAGGGAGGUGACACGUUCAUUGAUGGCGUGGACGAUGCUGAUGACUUUGAGAAAACCAGACAUGCCUUCACCCUGCUCGGAGUGAAGGAGUCUCAUCAGAUGACCAUUUUUCGGAUAAUUGCUGCCAUUCUGCACCUAGGGAAUGUGGAAAUCCAAGGAGAACGGGAUGGCGAUGCCUGUAGCGUGUCGAGCGAGGACGAGCACUUGAACAACUUCUGCGACUUGCUGGGCGUGGAGCACAGCCAGAUGCAGCACUGGCUUUGCCAUCGCAAGCUCGUCACCACUUCCGAGACCUACGUGAAGAACAUGUCCGUGCAGCAAGUGGUGAACGCCAGGAACGCCUUGGCCAAGCACAUCUACGCCCAACUCUUCAACUGGAUUGUGCAGCACAUCAACAAGGCCCUGCACACCACCGUCAAGCAGCACUCCUUCAUCGGCGUGCUCGAUAUCUACGGGUUUGAAACUUUUGAAGUGAAUAGCUUUGAACAGUUUUGCAUCAACUACGCCAACGAAAAGCUCCAGCAGCAGUUCAACUCGCACGUGUUUAAACUGGAACAAGAAGAGUACAUGAAGGAGGGCAUCCCCUGGACUCUCAUCGACUUCUACGAUAACCAGCCUUGCAUAGACCUUAUUGAGGCAAAACUUGGUAUCUUGGACCUACUGGAUGAAGAGUGCAAGGUUCCCAAAGGCACCGACCAGAACUGGACGCAGAAGCUGUACGACCGGCACGGCAGCAGCCAGCACUUCCAGAAGCCUCGCAUCUCCAACACCUCCUUCAUCAUCGUGCACUUCGCCGACAAGGUGGAAUACCAGAGCGAGGGAUUUCUGGAGAAGAACAGAGACACUGUGUACGAGGAGCAGAUCAACAUCCUGAAAGCCAGCAAGUAUCAAAUGAUAGCGGACUUAUUCCAAGAUGAGAAGGAUGCUGCACCCACCACUUCCAAGGGAAAGGGAACAUCCAAAAUCAGCAUCCGUUCUGCCAGACCAGCGAUCAAAGCUGCCAAUAAGGAGCACAAGAAAACAGUGGGGCACCAGUUCCGCAACUCCCUGCAUUUGCUCAUGGAGACCCUGAACGCCACCACCCCGCACUACGUGCGCUGCAUCAAGCCCAACGACGAGAAGCUCCCCUUCAAAUUUGAUCCGAAGAGAGCGGUGCAGCAGCUGAGAGCUUGUGGAGUGCUGGAGACUAUCCGCAUCAGUGCAGCUGGCUUCCCGUCCAGGUGGUCCUACCAUGACUUUUUCAAUCGGUAUUGUGUUCUUAUGAAAAAGAGAGACCUCUCUAAGAACGACAAGAAGCAGAUCUGUCAGACCCUGUUGGAAGACCUCAUUGAGGAUCCAGACAAGUUCCAGUUUGGACGUACCAAGAUCUUUUUCCGUGCAGGCCAAGUGGCAUAUCUGGAGAAACUGCGAGCAGAUAAGUUCAGAGCUGCCACAAUCAUGAUUCAGAAGAUGGUGCGGGGCUGGUUGCAGAGGGUCAAGUUCAAAAGGCUGAGACAAGCUGCAAUCGUCAUCCAGCGCUACACGCGGGGGCACCUGGCGCGGAGGCUUGCCGAGCACCUAAGGAGGACAAGAGCUGCCAUCAUCUUCCAGAAGCAAUACCGAAUGCUGCGGAUCUUCCGAGCUUUCCAAAGAGUCCGCAAUGCAACCAUCACCAUCCAGGCUUUCACUCGGGGCAUGUUUGACAGGAGGAUUUAUCACAAGGUCCUCAUGGAGCACAAAGCCACCAUCCUCCAGAAGUACGCUCGUGGCUGGCUGGCCCGCGCUCGGUUCCACCGCCUCAGGGGUGCCACCAUCGUCCUGCAGUGCUGCUACCGGCGCAUGAAGGCCAGGCAGGAGCUGAAGGCGCUGAAGAUUGAGGCCCGCUCAGCACAGCAUCUGAAGAAGCUCAACAUCGGCAUGGAGAACAAGGUGGUCCAGCUUCAAAGGAAGAUCGAUGAGCAGAACAAGGAAUACAAACUUCUGAACGAGCAACUCUCUGUGCUCACAUCUGCCCACUCCUCCGAGGUGGAAAAGCUGAAGAAGGAACUGGUGCAAUAUCAGCAGAGCCACCAGGGUGACGGCAACCAGCUUGUCAGCUUGCAGGAAGAGAUGGAACACCUUCGGCUAGAGCUGGAGAAAGCUCAUGGUGAGAGGAAGGUCAUGGAAGACACCUACAUUAAGGAGAAAGACCUACUGAGGAAG